CCCCGUUUGCGUCAGUUCAUCGUUAGACGCAAUCGACGGCAGAUCAUCGUCACGUGGUCAAAAUUUUUCGCAUUCGUUGUCGCGCGUGUAGUCCACGCGAGCCUCGUUCCCACGCAAGCCGCCAUAUUGAAAAGAGACAUAAUUCGAAAAGAAGGCAAGAAAAAUAUAGUCAAAAAUAAUCCAAAAAAAGACAGCAAUCUAGCUUCGGUUCGCUGCAGGAACUGGCGUCAAUAGUAUGCCUAAAGACGACAAACAACGAAGCCUCGAUGUACUUGGUUUAGAAAGAAAUGCUUCGAAAAGUACGAGAUUUUUUCGCUUCUAAUCUUGUCCAUUGCGUCCGGUUGUUGUGUGAAUUUUAUACCUACUUCAUCAAAAGCCGACGAUUUUCAGAAUUUCUCCGACUCGAUGUGACGAUAAAGCACGGAUUAUACUAAUGGCUUUAAAUUUUUCCAUCUCUAGAUGAUAUAAGAUUAGCUUUUUUCAAGAAAUCGCUGUACUCGUAUCCGGACACAGUCAAGGUACGCGUUUCAAACAUGUCUGUUUAUUUACGUUCAUAAAAACAUAAUUUCCCCACUCGAAAACCCCAGUCGGGACUUUAAAACACCCACAUUUUAAACCACUAGAACCUGGCUGUUAAAUAGAAGCGUUUUCUAAGCUUUUUUAUGUCUUUUUUCACAGAAUAACAGCGAAAUGGCGAGUUUCACUGAAGUGACACAAGCUUAUAGCAAUUUGUCAGGUGAAUAUAAAGCGUUCUCUAAUAAAAGUCGAAAUUUACUUCGAUAAACUCGGCAUAUUUGUGGUCUAUUUUGGUCAGUAUUGAGCAUUUUUUAAAUUGGUAGACGUUUAUAUUAUUAACUAGUUUAAUCCUACCGUAAGAUACUUAUAUAAAUUUGUUUUAUGUAUAUGUUGUUAUUCGUUUUAAUGUACGAGAAUAGUCUUUGUUAUAAAUUAUAUGUAUUACAAAUAUGUACAAUGUAUAAAGCUUAUGUGAGAUUUUAUUUCCUAUAUAGAUGGAUCUGACGGUGCAACACCAGAUGAGGUACUAUUAGUGUGUAUUAGGAAAUUAAAUACAAUGUCUACAUCUUCCUUUAUAAAAUAUUUUACAUUGAUUUCUGUUUUCAUCAGCUUGUCAAUAAUUUUCUGUCAAAAUGUCAUUCAUUUGUGUGUGUAAUUAAUAUUCUUUUGUUGCCCUUUUUUUCCAAAACAAAAAUUAGGUUUUCUUCAAAUUUUUCCAAGAAGUUCUCAAAGACGGUAGGUGUAAUUUUUAGAAUUUUUUUUAUAUUGUGCUUACUUGGCAUAUAAUGCUUAGUUCCUGUACAAGCCUGUCUCGAAUGUGGAUGUCCAAUGCUAUUAAAAUAGUUCCUGUGUUGGCCCAGUGUUGUUACUGCAGAAGGAAACGGAACUAUCCCAAGAGUGGCGAGGGGGAAGGGCAGCGGUUAAGAUCCUGUUUCACAUGAAGAAAAACAGUGUUUCGCCUGUAAAAUAUUAGACAUUUCCCAAAAAUUUUUAAGUGUGUAAAUUUUACUUUCUAUAUUGAGUAUUUAACCUUUUUUAACCUGUUACCCAAUUGAGUCAUUCCAACAUUCAUACCUCACCUACAGAGGAAAUUCCCCCUACCCCCUUCUAAAUAUACACUUAUCAGAAGCAAAUUCCCCCCCCCCCUCCCCUUCUGGACAGCAAAAAUAUUCUUUGGGGGGGGGGGGGAUCUUUUCCAGAAUGAACCAUUACGAUUUUAAAACUCAUUUCACCAUUGCUCCAAGAUUAUUUGAAACCAACUAAUAUAUCCUAUAAAAAAUCAAGAAAAAACAUGCAUGCAGUAAAAUUGUUCCAAAAACGACAAGAUUGAUUAAAUUCUUCCUAAAUAGUUGAAAAACCAAGAAUUGAUAUGCAAUGAUAUUCAAACUCAUUGUAAGAACGUGAGGUUUUUGCUUCCCAUUUUCAAAAUAAAAAAAUUCCUUUAUAACAAUCAUUGUGCAUAAGUGGUGCAAUUAUGCAAAUGUGCAAUCUUCCUAGAUGGCAAGCCUUCCUAUAAACGCAACAAUUAACCCAUUGAGUCACAGUGUGUGUUGAUGCACUCUACUCUAUUAUUUUAGCUAGUCAGUUUCACUCGUCAAGGGGAGAGCACCAGCACUUAAUGGGUUAGCUGGCCUAUCUGCCCAUGUGUGUAGUUAAGUCAUUGAGUCGCAUUGUCCCCCAAUUUUUCUCAUUCUAACGCCAGACAAUUUUACUCGUCAUGGGAGAGCGCUGGUGCUUAAUGGGUUAAACAAGAUUUUCACAUAAUUUUUCAGAUAAUGCGCAGUCACUGCGUGCAAUGCUUCAGGAACACGAUGCUACCAAAUGUGCCGACGAUGAAUAUCGGUGAGAACUGACGUUUUGAUUUGUGACAUGUUGCAUUCGAUUUCACAAAACUUUAACCACAAAUGUUCCGAACUUCGUUGUGAAGUUCGCAAGUUCAUUGCGAAGUUCGGAAGUUCAUAUUGGAAUUCACAAGCCAAUUUGUAAAUAAAGUCCCUGAUUGGUCCCUGAAGUAAAGGAAGCCAAUCAAAUGUGUAGUUUACAAUUCACAAGCCAAUUUGUAAACAAAGUCCCUGAUUUGGUCCCUGAAGUAAAGGAAGCCAAUCAAAUGCGUAGUUUACAAACUGGUUUGUGAAUCUCAUUAUGAACUUUUGAACUUCGCAACGAACUUCGCAACGAAGUUCGGAAAAUUUGUGGUCAAAGUUUUGUGAAAUCGACUGUAAAUAUAUGUUUUUCUAUGAUAAUAAAAAUGGAUGUUUUAAAUGGAGUUGUUCUUUUAUGUUCCAGUUGUGAAGAAGAUGAUAAUGAAAUUGAUAUUGAGAGGGAAUUUGAAAGAUUACUUGAGAUUUUGAAGGUUUGUCUAUCAAUGAGAGUUUGGGUGAAAGCUUAUAUUCUCUAGAUGAGCAGAUUACUUUGUCAAAACAGGCCUUCAAAUAUCGGUCAGAGAACCGUCUGACAUAAUGUUCGACGACUUUGAGUUUGGGUCAGACAUAUGUAUUGUGAUGUCCCAUGACUUUGAGUUCAGUAUAGCUUGGAAAUAAGUAUGAAUGCAGACACAAAAUAAUAUCAGCACAAUUUGGGCAAGUCAUUUCAAUUUUGGCAAUGAAUUUCCCAUGGUGAAAACCCAACAUUUGAUUAUGCAUUUCCACUUCACGUUUUAUACAUGACUCUGAUUCUCCAUUUAAUAUACAAUCCUCUAGUCCUGGACUAAGGGCUUUUUUAAUGUUGAACAAAGUUACAGUUAGGUUGGACACCAAUUCAUUUGGGUCGGACAAACAAUAAACCUCAGUUUCACUUAGGUUGGACAGAAUGUCCAGUGGUUUCCUCAGGCUACAUUGGACAAUAGACAAUUCCCAUUAUAGACUAAUUUUUAUCUUGGCAAAAAAGUAUAUCCCCAGAAAGAGCAUACUAAAAUGAGUAAAAUUGCAAAGUUUGGUUGCGAAUAUAGCUUUGCAAAAUUUGCAAAUUUUGUAUACUUUUGUAUUGCGUGCGGAAAUUGCUAACCACAUUUGGGCCGAAAAAGGUAGCAAUUUCCGCAUGCAAUAUAAAAGUAUACAAAAUUUGCAAACUUUGCAAGGCUAUAUUUUCCGUAUUUUACAACGGCAAUUGCUAGAUAGUAUACUUCAAAAUAAGGUUUCCGUUUUUAUAUUAAUUUUUAAAAUAAGUUAGGGUUAGGUUAGGGUUAGGUUAGGUUAGGGUUGGGGUUAGGGUUAAUAUUAGGGAUAGGGUUUAGUUUUGCGUUAGGAUGGUUUUUUCUACGUUAUAAAAACGGAAACCUUAUUUUGAAGUAUACUUUCUAGCAAUCACCAUUUUACAACAUUUCACAACCAAAUUUUGCAAUUUUACUCAUUUUAGUAUGCUCUUUCUAGCUGUGGUGAUUUAUUUGCAUCUCCUUGCCUAGUUUUAAAAUUAGUCUACUGUAUAAUGGGAAUUGUCUAUUUCACAAAUGGGUUGGACAAUGUCUGUGACUGACCCAUAUUUUAAGGCCUGUUAAAAUAGCAGAUGGAGCUGAUAACUGGGAGGCUUACAGUAUUCUAAUUCUCUUAGAAUCGUAAGAAGAAAGGCAAAGACGUUCCUGAAGAUAUGACGCAAGACAAAGUUGUGAAGUGUAGAGACAAUCUUGUACGACAGAGGGAAGAAGCCAAGAAAGACCCUAAAAAGGUUAACAACUUGUUUGUUAUAGGUUUUAUUUUUAUUGAGGUGCAUCUAUUAGCCAAUAAAAAAUUGAAAAACAGAAUGAACAAAGUAUAUAUCUUGUAUUUUUUGUAUUUUCUAAACCAGCAAGCACCAAAGAAAGGGAAACAGCAACAGGUUCCUGUGUCAAAGGUAUGGUUUAAAUUCAGGGUUCGAAAUAGCGGGCUGCCAAUGGCCAAAAGCAGGCCAUAUUUUAGAAAUAGCGGGCAAAUUCAUUUCAUUUGCUUACCACAACUCGUAUAUACUAGAUCACUUAGUUCACUAAAUAUGUUCAUAUUUGAAUUGUAAAUCCAAGUUUACUGAGUAGUAAAAUAGACAAGUUUAAAAACAAUAAAAAUGCACAUCAUGAAAACAUUGAUUUUUACAAUAUGACUUAUAUGAGACAUCGCCAUUUUGGCAGUUCAAUGAAUGAAAUGGCAGGCUAGAAUUUAUUUCACCUAUAGUACAAACGAAAGCUUAUCUAGUGCCUGCGAGCAACAUUCAUAACUUCAAAAUGUGAUGUUUGUGAUGUUACUCUGAGUGUGCAUCCACACCGGGCAAGCUCAAAAGUUUGUCUGAACACGGUGGGAAUCGAACACCUCCAACCUUUGGGAUACUAUUGUCCAAUGCUAGUCCAACGCUCUGCUUGCAAAAUUGUACCAUAUUUUAGGUUUUGAGAGCUAAGUAUUCUUAAAAUAUCUGGUUGAUGAAUUUUUGCACUGAUUGAAAAGGUGCCUCUCGCUCGCACAUUUGUAUAUUUUAAUGCUGCUUGGUACAGUGUAUAUAGACAUCUUGAUAACAAUGGACGACUUGCGCUUUAGACUAAAUUUUAAUCUAAGUAAGAACAACGAAAUCUAUCACCACAGCUAGAAUGAGCGUUUUGGAAUUAGUAAUAUUACAAAGUUUGGUUGCGAAAUGUUGUAAAAUACGGAAAAUAUAGCCCUUCAAAGUUGGCAAAUUUGUAUACUUUUGUAUUAUGUGCGCGAAUUGGUAACUAAAUUAGUUACCAAUUUCCGCACGUAAUAGAAAUGUGUACAAAUUUAGCAACUUCGCAGGGCUAUUUUCCGUAUUUUACAACAUUUUGCAACCAAGCUUUGCAGUUUUUCUAAUUUUGAUAACUUCUUUCCGAAAAUAUCCUUUGUUAUUCCCAGAUUAAAUUUUUUUCUAAAGCGCAAGUCGUCCAUUGACUCUUUACAAUGUCAAAAAGAAGUUUUUUACCCAUUGCACAUCAGUGCUCUUCCCUUGACGAGUGAAAUCGUCUGGUAGUAGACAGAAUAAAAUUAUAAUGUAUUACUUUCUGCGCAACGCAACUCAAGCAGUUUACAUGUCCCUUACAGCCGAAACCUAAAAGCAAGAAACAGCUCCUUGCUGAACAGAGACGUCGUGAGAAAGAAAUGGAGAAAAUUGCGGUCGAACUCGAGAUGAAAAAGAAAGAGGACGAGGAAAAAGAAAAGAUCAGAAAACAGGUGGGUUACCUGUGCUGUCUCUCACUAGGACUGUGCGGUAUACCGAUAUACCGAAAAUAUCGGCAUUAAAUCAAUAUCGGUAUAUCGAUACCGCAUAUUCAACCAUACCGAUAUACCGAAAUUUCCGAUAUAUCGGAAUUUUUCGGUAUAUCGUGUUAAAUUUACCAACUAUAUGGCGAAACCAUAACCUUUAUUUUACUACUGAAUGGCAAUUCAAAGAACUUUCUACUGCAAUGAUUUAGAAUUUCCACUUCAGUGAGAUUUUACACUGAGUACGUGCAUGUUGUUCGAAACAGCUUCGAAAUGAUCGUUUUCCCUUUUAGAAUUACUCAAAAUUUCCUUCAAACUUCCAUUAAAGAAUUUUCCUUUAUAAUUAUAAAAGGAAAACCGGUAUACCGAUACUAUCGGUAUAAUUUUUUCGGUAUACCGAUGCCGGAAAUUUCUCAUACCGAACAUUCCUAUCUCUCACAGUCCGCAGGACUCUAAAUAAUGGCGAAUCAGCAGUGCAGCAGAUUUGGCUUAUAAUUGGCAGUUGGCCUACUUGCAGCCUCAAUUUCGGACCACAAGGGGGCUAUUGUCUAUUUUCUGAAAUCUGAACAAAAACACCGAAAUGGGGAAAAUUUAUUCUGCACUGAAAAUGAAGGAAAGAGGUGUAAAAAUGUACCUUGGGUUAACUUUUGGUAGAAACAACUAACAAAGUUAAAUAAUGCUGGGCUAGCCCAGGCUUAACAGGGCCAGUGCAGGGCCCAGGCUUAUGUCUAAUGAGGUCAUUUUUAUUUUGUGUUUUACUUGCCCAACAAGACAAGGGAAAAAUUCGGAGGCACACUUGUGUCAAGUCUACAAGCUUAUCAGAUUGAGAGAGUGUAUAUAUACCCACAACAUACAAGAUUCGUCAUGUUCCUGUCUGUUAGCACCGUCAUUAGCAAGCAGACAGUAUAUGACAUUUUGACAACAACAACAAAAAUAUGACGUGACAGGCAUGUAGCAAAUCGUUUACUCAUAAUAUCAUACUCGUAGUUAAAUCUAAAGUUCUCUAAUGUCUGCAGAUGGAUGCAGAGAAACAGAAACGUUUGGAGGAAGAAAGAAAGAAAACAGAGGCUGAAGCAAGACGGCAAAGGGAAAGGUGAGUGCUGUAAAUGAAAACGU